AUGGAACUUGAGUCGUAUUGCAGAACUAAACGUUCCAGAGAAAGUUAUGCAGACGGUAAUAUUGGGGAGAAUGCUCAGCACAAAUUCAAGCGAUUGUUAGGUGAGUACAUGUCAAGAGUUUUAUAAUCGUAAUUACACACCACUAUUUUAGGAGGCUAAGCACUCGAACAAAAGAAUUUAUAGGAUUAAAGAAGUAUAGGUGUGAAAUUUAAAAUGACAACAUUGUGAAAUCUCAAUCAGGAAACUUUUCAUGUUGUUGUUCAGGUCAUAGGGUUAACUUCUAUUUUGAGCAACUUAUUGUGAGCGUUGGAAGCUAAAGAGCUGCAGUGUGCAUUGGAGUGCAAGCAAUCUUAGCCAGGGGAGUGAAAUGUGGAGAUUCACCAAAUCUUUGCCGUCAAAUUUAACAAAAAUAAUGUGGAAGACUUUCAACCGAUAAUCAUUUUUUGGGAGUGUUGAUUUUCGAUCACUUGGGACUUGCUGUAAUAGUCUAGUGGCGGAUAUAAUAAGGUUAUCCACCCGAAGCAAAUUACAGUCAGAGUGCACCUUUUUCAGCCAAGCAAAGGAUAACUUUAAAAACAAACUGUCUGCAUAUUUUGAUUAUUUCUCUUUUCAGUGAAAAGACACCUCUUUGUAAAUUGAUGAUUUAAUGAAAUAUCCAUAAGUUAUUUUUGAAUGGAUGUUCUUUUUUCGUAGAAAGCACUCAGAUCAAAGAAUGUGCAAGCACUGAUGGAUCUGUGGGUGAACUAAAGAAGGCUGUUCUACAAAUGGUGAAUGAUAAUUUCAGUUUCGAGGGCAUAUUGAGAGAGGUCAGCCAUGGUUUCCUGUUCAUUUUGAAUUGGAUUGAGACAUUGUUUGCAACACAAGAGGAAAUCAAUUAGAUUUUAACUCAACCAAAUUAAAAAAAAAAAAAAUAUAUUAAUGAACAAAGGGGGUAUUUUUCUAAAGAAGGUGUGGUGCUGUAUUGGUGGUAGAGUAUAACAGGGUAAUUAAGUAUUAUCAACUGAGUUGAUAACAUAAAUUGGCCACAGUAAAGAGUUUUAAAGCUGAUGUUUUGAGUGCUAGCCCUUCAUCAAGGGCUAAUGCUUGAAACAAAAUUUUGGGAUUGUGUGUUUCCUUUUAGUUCUAUCAGUUUGCGUUAAGAGACUGGAACAAGGCAAUUAAAAGCCAAAUUUUUUUUUAUCUGGUAGGGUGCAUAUGCACAAUGUGGUCCUGAAUAAGACAUAUCCACUGGUUAAAGAUUUUAUGUGGUUGGUGUUUGUGAUAUUGAAAAGAAAGUAGCAGAUAUAAAUAUUCAAUUUUGAAAGAAAAUCAUAGGUCAAUUUAGGAGGAAAAGUGAGAGACUGAAGCUCUUGAAAAUGUAGAAUUCUGUUUUUCUUUAUUUGGUAAGUAAGUUCCACUUCAUAGGAAGGAAAUUGUGGGAAUUGAGAUGAAUGAUGAAUUAUUUAUAUUUCUAAUGGUCUCAUUGAUCUGUUAAGAUUCUGAAAAGCUUCUUUGAAAAUAACUUUUAUGGCAUUAAACAUUCCCUUUAGUCCGGUUGUAUCUUACAGAGUGAAGAUCAUGAUGAAUGUGAUCCACACCAUAAAAAUCCAAAGUUUGAAUUGUGCUCUUUUCUUAGUGGUGAGUUAAUUGUAAAUUGUGUUACUUAGACAUUAACAUAUUGAAUAAUAUGGUGAAGGAAAAAAGAAACUAUAGGUAGCCAGGAAUCUCUCAACACAGCUGAUCUUGCUGAUCUUAGAAGUACAUGCUGGAUGAUAAUCAAAUAAAUGUGAAUUUAGUAUAAUGGUGUAGUAUGGCUUUCUGGAAAUUGCUAAUCAAGAUCCUCGCAGAGCUCUGUGAGCAUCUUGAUACUUGAUUCUUGAUUCUCCUUUCUGGAAAUGGUUUAGGAUCAAGGAUCAAGUUUCUAGUCAAGACUGUCAGCUUGCUUUAUUUACAUACCAGUUUUGUAAAUUUCUCUAACUUGUCAGGCUUAAAAUAAAGAAGAACUUUAGGGGGAAGCUGAGUUGCAGUGAACUAUCUGAAGAAAUAUUUCUUUAUUUGUCAGAUGGUAGAAGAGAACCUUUAGAACUAUGGUCAAUUGAUAUAGUUUUUGUUAUUGCUUUUUUUAUACUUGUUUUUCAGUAAAAAGUUGCUUUGAUGUGCUAAAAUGUCAGGCUUCUAAGGCAGCUUGUCCUUUAGAAUUAUUGGCUGCAGAAAGGCUGAGUGGAAGACUUAUUGCUGUUUGCAGUUCCUCUGAACAACUUUUAUCAAAGGAACAACUGGUAAUUAAGAUAUAUUCAUCUGUAAGAUAGUAAUUCCAACCUUGGAAUAUCUUCUGCUAUCAUGUGAUAAAAAUUUUAUGCUUAUAAACUAAUUGUUAAAUAGGACAUAGUAGUUGAAGCUAGUAAUGGGAAGAAAGCUGAUCGCUUGUCACAAAAACCCUUAAUAUUACUACAUUAAUUGUUUUAAGUUAUAUUUUGAUAAAUUGUAUCACAAUUUCUUACCAUUUCAGGAAUCUGUAAUGGCUGUUUUGGAGUUGAUAAAGAACAUGUUGUCUGAACAGUGUUUUAACAGAGUGUACUUCACAAAACAUUUGACCACCAAGGUGUAUAACUUAACUGACUGUAUUUACUAUUUGGUAUGUGAUUUUAUUAUCCAACUGCACAAAGGAGAGCACAAAUGAUGGAUGAAUAGAGUACAAAUAUCCUGCGAUAUUGUAUAGUUUGUUUUUUUUGUGCUGUAAAAUAAAACCUGUUUGACUAGUCGGCUAUGCACGGUUUAUUACUCUAUCCACUUUGCUUUCUUGUCUUAUGAGAAAUGACCAGAAACACUUGGUAGAAAAAAAAACAGUUGGAUAAUGGAUAACUUAUUAGACAUUUUUGUCAGCUGUAGCUUGGUAAUUUUCACUUGUUUCUAUUUUUCCUCAUCCUACUGGCUGAUCAAAAUACAGCACAACUUGUAACAAAUAUUCAGUGAUACUACACACCAAAAUGUCUCAUAAGAUAUAAAACACUUCAUUUGUUACACUUUCCAAAGUAUUUUGGUUUUGAUAACUUGAUGUAGUACAAAAAUUAAACAGUAUAACCAACAGUAUAACUGUUCUGAAGCGAAAAAAAUGAUCAUUAAUGUUAAAAAUGACAGUUGUAACUGUUAUUGGAUGGAUGAACUUUAGUUUAUUAAUCAGUUUUUUUAGAUUCUAACAUUUUGCCUUCAUCAUUUUGAAAGAGGGUUUGAACUAUCAGGGUCCCAAAAAAGAGAGGACUUAUAUUUAGCUAUGUAUGAAUAUUAACUUACUUAGUUCAUUAUUGUGGUAUUAAAAUUAGUAAUUCAAACUAAGUCUGGCUUAGAAUGCUGGUAAGACUGGCUGCUUUGUUCUGAACAUGAUAAGCUAUUACUUCAUACUUAAGUUCUCACUAUUUCAGGGUCCCACUAUUCCGUUGGAAGUUGUCUGGAUGCUUCAUAAAAACUGCAUAGUUUCCUUCAACACAUAUUUAGCUUGGUAAGGAGUGAAUAUUGUUCGUGAGAAAAGCAAGUGUCUAGCGUUUAUAGCAAAGUUAGUGACAUGCGUGCAAUACAUGUAUCAGCUCAAUUUGCUUGCAAUUCUUUUACAAUCAAAAAAAAUACAUAUUAAGUAUGCAGUUACAUUAAAUUAUUUAUAGACAAUAUUUAUUGAAAGUUCAGCGAAACUUUAUGACUCAUGAGAAAUAAUGACCAAGGGUGCAUGAAUGUUACAGUAUAAUGUGAAUAUUACCCUUCAGUAAAUGUUCGUCUCCAUUAUUGUUACUAGUUGUUUGCAGUACUGUGAGACAGUCGAUGCAGUCGCUGAUGGACUUAUAGCACUCUGUUUAAACAAAAUGGACAUGGAAAAGCAAGAAAAUAUUUUAUCAGGUACACUCAACCUUUUAAAAAUAAACACUAGUCUUGAAGUUCAAAGCAUGAUUUUAAAUGGUUCAUACCUUUUAAUUAGUGUUCAGAAUGGAUGAAACCUGCUUCUUUCCCUCAACUGCCAUUUUUCUUUGCCUCACUAGAUCUUUUAGGGCGAUUGCUUACAUUUUCCUUUCCUGAAAGCAAAAUGAAUGAAGGAUGCAACAGCUCAUUUGAAAAGGUAAUAUUUAAUGAUUUUAGUCCUAGUGUCACUAUUAACAAGUCUGUUCCUAGAUGCUCUCAGUUUAGUCUGGCUGACUAUAAGUGAAUAGAAUUGGUUAUAAAUUUUGAAAUUUGUUGAAGUAGAAAACCCCAAAUAGAGUUAUUAAUAAAAUUGUUUAUGACAUAAAUUUUUUAACCUUCUCACUGCAUUUUUUGUACUGAUGUAACACUUACCUGAGAAUGACUACAGGUUUCAAGAAAUUAUACUUUCACUUAUGUUUUUAUUUCACAGGUUUCACAAGAAAUUUUGGACAUUGUUGUGGAUAAGACUGAUUAUUCAGUCUGCAAGAAAGUUGAAAACAGUUCUUUAGAACAGAAUAGCUCAGAUAGGUGCAUGUAAACAACUGUUAGUGUAAAGUCUAUAGUUACAUUGUAUAUGAUUUAUCAUGUAUUUUUGCACUCUUUUCAUACUAAUUUAUUACAGCCAUUGAUAUCUUAUUUCAUUCUCACAGCACAUCGACAUGAAAUGCACUAAAUUGUUCAAAAUAGAUCUGAAACAGUGAUGUGGUCAUUCCUUGACUUCUUUACUAGCAAAGUGUAGUGUAUUAGCCCAAGGUCCAGAAAACGAGACAAGAUUAUUGAGAAAAGAUCAAGAUGGGGGUUUUAAUAAUCUGCCAAUGAUUUCUGUUUUUCAGGUUUUGUGUCCUUGAGAUUAUUAGAAAGCUGAAUGAUGUCCCUUGCACUACAAAAAAAAAGUUUUUUGCAAGACAGCUCACUAGGUUUUUUUCAAUGCAAACAGAUGUUGGUAAGUGUUGCAAAGUAGAACAACUUUUUACCAUGUUGAGGACUGAAUAAACAAGCAAUGUAAACAAAUAAACACAAAAGGCGUACAUGAAACUAUUUUAACUAAAAUUAUGCAGAUUCCAAGUUUGUGGCAUGGCACAAGGUAUUUUAAUUGCAUGGAGUAUUUUAACUAUGAUACACAACAGUGAGACAACAUUUAGACGUGCAUGAUAAUCACUGAACACCCUAUAGGCAGAGUGAGAGUUUGCCAUUGUUAACCCCAAGUCAUUUCAGAUGACCCACAGAGAUUAGGGUGGGGGGGGGGAGGCACUAUCAAAACUGACUAUUUGUCAUGAUCUUAUGGCUAAUGUUUGGUCUUUCAUUUCAAUAUUGGCAAUUUGUUUCUUGUUCAUUGCCACCAGCCUAUCAUUGGAUAAUUCAUGAUAAAGUUAUAUUGACAUAACUUAGAAAUGGUUGUUAGGUCUUUUUGAAGGUCCUAGGAUACUCAAUUGUCUGUGGACAUAGUAACUGAAUGUGAAUGUUAGUCUUGACACCAGGAUUUUCUGAAGGAAGAAAUGAUCCUCAACAGGAGACAAACCUAGUACAUGUAUUAUAUAUUUUUUGUAAGGUGGUUAAUCUAAUAUGAUACAUUAUUGAUGGUCAUUCUCAUAGAAAAGUCAGUGCUACAUUUAGCCUUUUGUAACCAAAAGGAAUUGAAGUUCUCAUCAUUGGGUGAAGCAACGAGAAGAGUGUUUGAACAAGUAAGCCUUUAACUUUAUUUCACCUGACAACUGCACAAAUAGCCCCUUUUACUAAUUUGCAUCAUCAUGUUUUCAUAAACUUUGCAAAAAUGAAAUGAGAGUCAAAAGCCUUGAAAAUGAGGGCUAGCAAAGGUUUUGAUGAACCAAAAAGGCAAGAAAAUACUUGACUCAGAGAAACAUUGCAUCAAAAAAAGAGACUAAUAGAUGUUAGCAUUUGUUUUUUAUAGUCAUACAUUACAUAAAUGUUUGCUGUUACCAUUAGUUUCUUUUAGUCUUUGAUCCAAUGUCUGUGAUGGAGUCACUAAAGAAUACUUUCUUUAAGGAAAAGGUAUGUGAGUAACUUAACUGUUAGAAUCGAGUCAACAUUACUUAGCAAAGAUGUGUUUUUUCCAAUUAACAAAUAUUUUUCAAUGCACUCCAUAACAACAUAAAAUUAAUUUUUUCUUUGCCAUCCAUUUAAGGUUAAUGUGGAAGGAAUCCUUGCAUUUCUGUCAGUGUUUGUGGUCCUUGUGAAGGAGGCUGCAGGCAUGCUGGAAGGUGUAAUGAUGUUUGAUUCAUUUAUUCAAAUGCAAUAAUUGCUACAACGGAUCCAAUAAUUGCUACAACGUAGUGACAAACAGUGGUAUCUGUUAUUAAAAAUUGCUUUGAACUUUUCCUCAAGGUUAUGUCUGUGAUUUGGUGAAUGAUGCACUGAAUAACAGCAACAGCUCUACACUGAGCAUAGCAUUCCUGGUGAUUAGGCAGGUUACACAGCAAGGAGGUCAUGUCUCUCAGCCUUAUGUCUCUUGGUUUCAAGUGAGUGUUCAAUGUGUGUAAUGCAGCUAUUUCGUCAUAAUUAUCAUAAAUGUAGGAGGUAAGUUUCUAUAGAAACUGUGGUGCUGUAUCGGUGGGAGAGUAUAACAGGGUAAUUUGGUAUUAUCAACUGAGUUGAUAACACUAAAUUACAAAAUUAUCACAACUAUGGGAAGACAUUUAAUUGUGAAAUAUGUCUUAUGCAGUGGAGUGUAUGUUAAGCUCAUUCUUUGCAACAGUAAUCAAGCUCUAAAUCAUUAUUUCAUAAAGGUAUCCCAUGGAUUUAACAUGAUAUUUUAUUUACAAAUUCUUUUUUUUUCCAAACAAGGUUCUUUGUAUGGCACAAGUAUUAAGUUUUUUUCUUUAAUUUGUCUUGCUAAUUUUUUCUUUUCCCAUGAUUGUAGAAUACAUUUGGAGAUCAAGGAAACCCAAAAUUAAACAACAGAAAAACCGUGCAGCUAUUUGUGAAGUUCUUGUCUGACCUUGUACCAUAUGAGCCCCCAGAAUAUUUAAAGGUAAUAGUCAGGAACGUGAGUGGUAUUUAUUUUGGUGGAGCAUUUAAUGCAAACUACUGGAAAGGGAAAGGUUGGCAUUCCUACAUGUAGGUUGAGUACUCCAACUAUCAUUCUGGUCUCAGAGCUGGCUAUUUGGAGCUAACCAUUCGUAGAAGGUUUAUUAAUUAGUUUAGUAAAUUGGUUGCAAUCAUUACUGUCUUAUUUUUAAAAGUAGCAAAGAAUUACUCAGUCCUCGAGUGGCAGCCUUUGGGUUUCCUAGUUCGUUUUUUCUAAGAGGAGUUUUGAGCAGUUGUUGUAUUUUUAUGAGCGCAUUGUCCAUUUGAUUUUGGCGGUUGCACUAUUUCUGAGACAAAGAAACUCUCCAAGACUCCUUUUGAAUUAUAAUUUGUUCAUCUCGCAUAUUGAUAAUUUCAGGUUCACGUCAUCAAAGCUCCUCAAGUACCGGCCAAGCUGCGUGAACUUGUCACUGAUUAUGUGUCUUUGGCCAAGACCAGACUCAUGGACUUAAAGGUACAGAUUGUAGGCAAUGACAAUUUUGAAACAUAUUUGCAAAGAAUAUAAAGGUAAUUGAAAUGUCAGGUUCUCUGGUAUAUCUUUUCAGGUUAUUGUAAACUGGUUUCUUUUGACAGGAGCCUGUAGAACUGAUGGGAAUAUACGGGAAUAGUAAAGAAACAUCAGGAACAGAUGCGAAAAGUGAACAUACCAAGGUUAAAAUGAUGAUAACGACAAUGAUAAUAGUUAUGAUAAUAAUGACAAUCUUCUUGUGCAUUUCUAUCACUGCUUGCAGUAUGUAGGAUUUUUUUUACAAGAAUCUUAUUCAAUAGUGAGGCAACCACCCAUCUCUUAUAGCGUAGUGUUAAAGUAUGUAAAGUAUCUAUUGGAACGUGGCCAUUACUCUGCUUUUUUGACUCCGGUUGGGAGCGUUCGAAAUCUCUUCAACUUCCGCGUGAGCCUGAGUCACUGACUAACGACAUCGUUUUAACUAAAGCCGUUGUUUAGUCGACUCUACCUGAGUCACGUGACGAGACCAACAUCUAUAGUGGCUGCAAAGUAAACUACAUAAAAAGGCCGCAAAAAAGGGAAAUAAAACUUAAGUGCAGAGCUGUUGGGAUUAUUAACCAGUUUGGGAGAGUGGAAGAUUUUAAUUGUAAUGACUUUACAGAGGGUAAGGUAGUUUUUAAAAGAUUAAAACAUCAUACGUCUUUCUACAGCAACUUGAACAAGCCUCCUCAGAUGUUGAAAAAGUUAUCGAAUCAUUUGAGAAGUCUGGGAAAGUCCCGAGCACUGUUAUGGAGGCAAGGUAACGUUUUGAUUCUGUCUGAAAAAGCUUCUCAACAUCGUUUGUGACCUUUGUUUACGGCUCGUGAAACUCGUUACAAUUUAAAGGAGACUGCAAAAUAUUCGCUCUGACGAAGGGCUAACGCUCGAAACGUCAACUUGGAAACUCUUAAAUGUGGCCAGUUUACGUUAUCAACUCGGUUGAUGAUACCAAAUUACCCUGUUAAACUCUCCCACCGACGCAGCGUCACAGUUUCUUUAGAAACUUGCCUCCUUCAUGCAAAAUAGUAGUUUCGGUUGAUGGAAAAUCGCAAAAGAGGCAUUAGCCAAGAUGGCCAAGGACGAAGAACGAAUUGCAAAUGACGAUCUUGAAAAACUCAUAUCAAAUUUUUUUAGGAGUGCAAACCAGGAAAGUCCAAAAAAAUUAAAUUUAAGAGAGCAUUCUCAAGGAGGUAAUGCAUGUGCGUACUGCAUUAAAUCACAAACUAUGGUAACUCCCGAACUAUCAGGAGAAAUCGUUUUUGUCUACUCAGCAUUUUUAGGAAACCUUAUUUCAUUGGAAGAUUUUUGCCGGCAUUGCUAACUCCAAGAAAGGUUUGUAAAGCAUAAAUAUUUAUUUGCAAAUGGUAAGAGAAAAUAGAGAGACAAACGUGACUAGGUCAUGCAGCUUCAAAGCAUUAGAGCUGCUUACUUGAUGUCUGAAAUUCAAAUGAAAGCCAUCGUCUAGUUGUUAGUCCCUAUUAGUUUCUAACAUUGUGCUCAAAGCAGCAUUUUCUCAGGCAUUAAACGUGCCAUCAGUAGGCGAUUGUACAACUUUUGCGAUUUAGUUAUCGUUUGAACCAGGAAUGACAGCCGAGCAUGAAUUGUAAUUGUUUGGGCUUGGUCAGUCCUGAUAGGGACUGUUAUCGUUGACAGCGAUAGUUGUCUCGACAAGCUGAGUGGAAGUCAUCAGCAGAAUUAAUUUUUUUCUUACUCGUGACAAAAGCUUUGCAAAACUUUCCAGAUAGUACUCGCUUUUCAAGCAAAUCAGUGUGGCCAUUAUAAACUGUAAAAAACAACCACGACCCGGACAAGUCUCUGGAUGUUAUACUAGCGACAAGACGUAGGGCGUUUCGUUUAACUCGGAUAGCAUCCCUAUUCUAUGGACGAAAGGUUUAUUGUGCAGAUUAGCAACAGCUAACCUUUUUUAUUUUUUGAUAACUCUUAGGUUCCCGAGGAGCCUGAUGGAAGAGCUCAAUUCAUCGAAGUAUUAAGCACGUAAGCAUUCCUCUUAACACCCCAAAAGCAGAAAUGUUUCUUUUCUUCUUUUUUUCUGUUCUCGCAGUUGUUGUUAUUGAGAUCGUUUGUUUCAUUUCAGUAAUCUUUAGGCAGAUGCCUACAGCUAUGAGUGUACAAACAUGUAGUAAUUACUUGCGCUUUUUUUCUAAUUAGAGCCGGUAAAAUUCCAAAGAGUAUGCUGAGUGCAUAUCAGUCGGCCUGUGAGAAGAUCACCAUUGAACAGAUUGAAGGUUUGAGGCUCAUUAAUACAUUAUUCUGCUUACAACAAGUGUUCUCUGAGGGGGGGAGGGGGUGGUUGAGCCGUUAAUUUGUAAGCAAAAGUGCUGUUAAUUGUCUCGAAAGUCUCACACUUGUCUUCAAACAGUUUCAGCGAUUCAGUAGAAUAACCUCACGAUUUCUGUAUCUUCGCCAUUACGAUAUUAUCAUCUCCAUAAAAAUCCAUGGUAAUCUGUGUAAUGGAUAGAGAAAUGGUGGGAUAAUUUUUUUAAAGGCAGAACCAAUGUUUGUUUCCCUUGAAUCGAGGUGUCGCCUGAAAAGGGAUGGGCCGGAAGUGAGCUGGGUAUCACUGUUCUUUUACCUCUUUGUUGUUCAGAUAUAAUAAUUUUCAGGCAAUGAUUAGGGUGGGAAUUAUAGUUCCAGGUCGAAAUGUUUCAACUAUGUCAUUCUCCGUGAGAUCGUUCUGGACUUAUUCAUCCUUACUCUAUAUGUUUACUCUGCUAAGGCCAGUUGUCCUGUAAGCCCAAACAUGCUUACCGAUAAAGCAUCUAAGAAGUGAGACAGAGUCUCAGAGAGUGAAAUAAAGUUCCCGAACAGACCCCUGGUUCCUUCCGUUUGCACGCGUGGUGUUCAAGCUAGUCAAUCCCUAGUCUCCAAAAUCUUUUUUUACUUAGUAUCAGUUUUCCCUUUGGUUUGUCUCGUAAGCAGUUGUUUUUGUUCUUUUUAAUUUUCCUUUGCAUCGCUCGCAACUCUUUCGAGUCAAUUUUAACAAGGCCAUGUGAGUGGCCAACACCCAAUAAAUUUUGCAACCUCUUGGUGAUUUUUGUACUUUUCUGAUUUUAUUUGUGUGUGUAUGUUUUUUUUAGUGAGUUCUUCAGAAGACGAAGGGACUUUGAGUGGCAUGGAAAAACUUGUAAAAUCUGCAGAGAAAUUUACCAAGCUCGUCACUGAGUCAUUGAAAGGAACCGAUGUUUCCAGACACUCAGGUGAUUCCACUGUACCAUAAUGUACACGUUUAUAUCGCGAUUUUGUGGGAGCUAUAUUUAUCAAAACUUACAUAUCAUACGAUGAGGUUCAUGUUUUGAAGUAUUCACCUUUAAAGGUUUCUUUUUCUUGACUUUUGAAAGCUAUUUUAUUCAAUCCAGUGGUCUUAUGGCACUAUUCGCACUUUGUUUGUUUUUGCAGGGAGAAUAUCAUCUCAGUUGUCAAUUAUCUCUGGAACUAUACACUCAAUGAUAAAGAUGAACAAAGAAACUCAGUCACCCGAUCAGUUUGUAAAGCUAGAUGUCAGCGAAAUAGAAGCAACUUACACUGACCCGGUUGGUAAAUUGUUAUUACAAUACAAUGAUGUUAUCAAUAAUGUAAACGCUUAUUUAACCCUGUAACUACCAUGAGUGACCAAGACAGAAUUUCUCUUUACAAUAUCAAGUAUAUAAGUACUUUCAAUAAAGAAAGAUAUAAAUUAGGGGAUUAUUUGUAUCUACCUAAUACCAAAUUCUCUAAACUAACAUUGUAAGGAUUGUAUGCCGGACAAAAAGGAGAACAGAACUACCUAUGAAAUCUUUGGAAAGAAAGGAUUAAGCAUGUGAAAUAAGUGAUUCAGUCAGCGUGCAUGAAAAACAUAAUUUCCACCAGUGCAUGGGUCAAAGAGUUGUUUUUUUUAUGUCUAUGUUUUGCUUUAAAGGUUGUUAAUACUUUGCUGGAUGCAUUUUGUCAAACAUGCGAUGCUGUAAACAGUCACGCAUCGGAAUCGUUGGAUCUUUUAAAGAGGUAAACCUCAGAAUGCCCUUUGAAACUGGGCGAGCGAAGCUCUGUAUCACAGAACUUUUCGAUUGAGUGUUUACACCUAUCCGUGAUAGCAUUUAUUUUUCUUCCCCGUGCUCUGUGAUUGGUCCAGACUCGCGCCGACUUCUCGGUCAAUCUGAUGCAACACCUUAAUAAUCCGUUUUUUUUUCCCGUGCUCGAGGUGUUUUCUUUAAGCUUUCAUUAUUGUUUGUCUGUUUUGUUUUGUUUUGUUUUUUUUUUUUUUAUAAUCGUGUCAUUUGUUGGUGUUGGCUGUGGUAAUUACUGUGAUGUUUGUUCCAUAACGUUCAUUUGAAAAGCACAAUAUACGGAUUACUUCUUAUCCCUGUGACUCUAAUUCAAAACCUUCCCCGUUUCCCCAUUUCGGUGAACAUAAAUCACUCGCUCGCAGAUUCAAGCGUAGAUUUAAGAGAAUUAAUUGAGGACUGUGAGCCAUAUAGUGAGACCGGUGUGUGAUAUAAUGCUACUCUAAUAACACGCGAUACUCUUUUGUGAUUUGAUGUUCUCGUCGUACCCUUGAAAGUAAAUGACACGUUGUCUCUUUUGUAUAAACAGGUAUUAUUGGGCUUCUCAAUUUGUCGCAAUGUUUUCAUCAAUAACACCGCUUCACAAAAACUUAUAUUGUCAGUUAUGGAGGAAAUGUUGCUACGAGGUUGGUCAAUAUAUACUGCUGGUUAUUACACUGUAAAUAAUUCUGUAAAUCCCCAAUCAUGAAGAGUAGCUAAGCGGUGGCACUUUUGAAGGUUUGACUUCUGUUCGGAAUUUCCUGUUUAUGUUUAAGGUAUGAUACAGAAAAAAAUCUUUCAUUUAAACAGAAAGUGUUGACCAUCAAAAUUAAACAAAACUGCAACGAAAUUUAAUUCUUGUUUCUUUUUUUGCAUUAGAACUAAGACAUCCAAGUAGCAUAUGGCAGUGAACGACGCAAAUGUUACCUAGAUUUAAAUAUUGGCGACUUUACUUAUUUGAAAUUACUUAGUCUUUGCUUCACUUCUCUCUGUGAUUGGUCUAUUCUCUACCAAUCAAAUGCAUAAUAGAACUGAUCGCGUCUUGGUCACCCGCGUUUCCCGCGCUUCACACUUUUGCCUUGUUUUUGCUUUGACUUCCCUUGACUUUCGCGGAAAUUUCUCUUUUUCUUUUCUUUGAUCGUCAGUUUUGAAUAAGUUGGUUUUAGUUUUACGUCAUUCAUUCGAUAUGCGCUCCAAUAACUUUAUUGUCUUCCUGGACAUGUAUGACCUUCUUUGAUAAAAACGUUAUUUCCGUGAUUUGCAUGAUGUUCUAUCUCAGGGUUCGUCAGUAACGAAUGAAGAAACGCGUGGUUUGGCUGUGUUUCUGUGUUAUUUGUGUGCAAAUCAAAAGACUCUACUUCCAGUUCUUCUCCAAGGAGUUACACAUCGUUCAGGAAGGAACGCCUCCGAGAUCACAACGGUAAGAAAAUGUAUAUCGCUCUUUCUGCUACAGCCUUAAAACUCUUUGUUAUUAGUAUUGGCUACUUUAUUACGGAAAAUCUCUUUCUUACUUGAAAUACGUUGUGUGCAGUUUUGUAUCAAAACUGUUACUGAUUCCUUUCCAUUUCCACUGUGUAAAAAAUAGUAGAAUCGAACAUCCGUUUAAAAGGCACCCUAGGGGUUGGAAGGAAAAUAAAAGUGACUAAUAAAUAAAAUUUGGAAUGGCAUUUUGUGUUUUAUACGUAGAGGUGCCCCCAAAUUUGAGGUGUAGCAAGUAUGAAGUUUCGUUAUUUUUAACUUUUUUUAUGAGUGACGUAAAUUUGAUUCGUUUUUGUUGUAAAAUUGCAAAAAAAGGCCUUCCAUAAAAAACCAUCCUUUCAUCUUUUUUCUUUUGUUCUUUAGAUUUGUUCCUUUCUCAAUUCGCUUUGUGAGCAUAUUCCUAUCUGUUCAAGGCGCUGGAUGUACUUUUAUCUGAGGUACAGGGAAUAUAAGCUUCUUGCUUUGGUUUAAACAUGUUAUACCAAGUAACAAACUGUCUAUGGUACAGUCUAAUCGGAGGGUAUCCCCGAAAAGGGAAAUCUGUCUGUGGAAAUCACUAUUAGGGUUCGAAGCAUGGAGCUGCGUUGCUACCGGCUCGUGAACGCUUUAAAAGCGGUGAGAGGCUAAGCUGCAAGUGGGAAAAACCGUCCCAAACCUCUCGCGGUUUUACCACUCGUUUCCACGGCUCUGACGCUUGGCGCUUCAAGGCACUUAAGAAAUCUCAGUUUUAAAUCUCAAAUCGGGAGAAACACGAUUUUUAUCAUGAACUACUCUUUUUGAAGACGGAUGGCAAAACAAAAACGUACCAUCUCAAAAAUUAUGUUGUAUUUUAUUGAAUAGGUUUUCAUGCUCUUAUGUGCAGCAUGCCUUAAAAGUGUUCGCCUCGAAUACGGCAGAAAUAGACGCCAACACUGGAGGUAGGUUGUUCAUUCUCUGAUUGAGAUUACAAGGGAUUUCCUCGCAAUCGUUUUGGAAAGAGCAGCAGUUGUCUAAGUUGUUUUUGGUGCGAAUGUAAGUUUUUUAAAAAAUUGGGCAAUAGAGAACAAAAGAGAGAAACAAUAUAGCAUGCGGACGAGGAUGUUUAACGAUCCGAAAAAUUCACGAAAUUUAGGCUAAAUGUUUUCAAGAUGCACGAAUCACCUUUUAUUUCCAGGAAUUGUUAAUUCAGGGAAGGGGCAACUUUGUACGAAGGUUUCGAGUCAGGAAAGGUUCCCUUUAAUCCUUUUGCUCCUUCGAUCUAGAUAUAAAUUUGCAGUACUUCUGAGUGUGAAAGGACUGAUUCCCCAUCUCCUCUCCCCCUAAAAAAUUAGAGAUAAAACUAACAAACUUGAUAACAUUUUGUUAAAUUGAGCGACGCUGUCAACUUUGUUUUAAGUAUUUUCCUAAAAUUUUCAUUCUUACUUCAUUUUCAUAGUUAGGAGGCUCAUUUUCUGUUCUCAGCGAUAGCUUUCUCUUCAUUAAUCACUCACUGUUUUAUUGUAGAAUCUACUGGCUAUCUGUCUUCAGUCAUGCUGCAAAAGGUAAUACAGUUGUUACUCAAGUUAUUGAAAACUUAGACCCUUCCGUUUUCAAUUGAGGGUCGAAAGUGAACUGAGAUUUAUUGGUUUUGCCUUCCUUUUGCAAGUAAUUGGUUUAGAAAUUAACCUAUCAGACUGCGACCUGGUCAGCCUUCUUUUCCCACGCUUAAGGCAGCAGUGUAUAUGUCUGUAAAUUGACUUUCCCGUAAUACCUGUUCUAAUGAAAACGAAUUAUAUCGUGCUUGUUACUAGUUGUGAUUACUCUGGUUUUUGUGUCACAACUCUCGAUUGAAGAGCUUCUUAUUACCUUUCUUACUGUUUUUACGUUGCUUCUGGAAUUAUUAAGAUUUGCGAGGAAACCUCCCCCGAUUUUGCAAGGUUAUAGAACCCAAUGAAGACCUUGACGUCGAAAAUUGUUAACUGAUGUUAAAAAGUUACCAUUAAUUAAGUCUCACAAAAUGUUUGGAGAAUUGUGCCUCUUUUGGUAACCUUAGAUCUUCUGUUUGUACCAGAUGUUCUACCUUUUUCAUCGCUUGAAUGUACACGGACAAAGGCUUUUCUUUAAACCAGCACUUGAUUCAGGUGAGCUGACUUUACAACUGUGAAAUGCAAAACUCACUUAUUGCCUUAAACAAAGAACAGUACUUUGUAAAAGCAAAAUAACUAAAAUUGCCGUAAUUAUUAACGGUUACUGUAACAAACUUAAUUUUCUCAGCCAUUUAGAGAAUGAAUAGUCUACCUGCCCGUAGGUAGCUGUUUUGUGAGUGAGUUUGCAGCGUUUUUAUUUUUAAGAAAUUUUCUUCAUUUGAUCAUGGUACUUUUUUUUCAUUCAGACCUUUUAUCUAUUGUGAAGAAUUUGACCUCUCUACAAAAGUUUCAGGAACUGCGGGAGAAAGGAGGAGAGGUAUCCAUGCGCAUGUAGCAAAAUAAACAUGUCUUACACACUUCCUCAUCGUGUAAAUGGAAAAUUAUUAUAAACAGCAAACAAACCAAACGAAAACAAAACUUCUCAAUUUUGGACACAUUCAAAUUGUAUUGUCUCUAUCGAAAGGUCCAAUUGAGUGCUGAACCCUUAUAACGAUCAUUUGGAAAUGUGAUGCAUCCUGGGAAGGACUGACAUAUCGUCUGUAGGUUGUUCAUACAGCUUACGAGCCACUUCGUGUAAAAAGCAUUUGACCAGUGGUUACUUACGGGGGGGGGGGGUUACCUGCAUUUGAUUAGCAUGCCAACCAGGGGGAGGAGUAACACUCUCAGUUGCUUCAUGCUACAGAGAGUGGAGCCUCCAGUAGUAAUGGUCACUGACUGGUAAUACUUGACGUAUGUGAAUUGAAAAGUAAUUCGAUCUUUAUUGGCGUGUCUGGAACGUUUCAGGAUUUGGCAACCUAAUUUUAGUGAGCUGUAUAUUGCGAUGUUCUUUUUCCCCUCAGUUGUGUUUUUAUGAGUGGUGUAUAUUGGAACUCAGUAUCUCUGCCAGAGAUGAUUUUCUUCCUGAAAGUGACAGGUAAUCUGAAUUAAGAGUGAAAUUUGAUGUAAUCCUUGUAUGACAGCUACUAUGAGAGUAUAAACAUAGAUAUAUUCUUUUGAUGCUACUCACUUGUAUAAGUAGGUAGUGAGGUUUUGCAAAACUAGUUGUUGCUUUUCUUGUUGCAUUCACUAAUAAUCCAUUACUAUUAUCAUACUCUUUUCCUUUUACUAAUCUUGCGCAUGAAGUGAAAAAGAAAGCGAACAAAUAUGCGAUCCUUCAAAUGCCGCUGUGAUUUUAAAAUUGUCCUUGUUCACGCACAAAUACAAAGAUGAUCUUAUCUUGAUAUGAUUUUUUUACUUCUGAAAACGAUGUUUCUGUUCAACUUUCCUUCAUUAACACAUUAUGUCUUGUCUAUUUUGAUUCAGUGAGCUGUAUCGAGAGAGGAAUGACCUCAAGGACGUACAAGUCAAUUCUUUUCAACCUUUUUUUUUCUCGAACUCAGCUGAAACUAGGGCACCAAACUCGCUUAUCGAUCGUGCUAUCUUUUAGUGAUAUACCUUAAAUUUUAAGUUUAACUUAAGGUGAUUGCCCUUCUGUUUGGCUCUCUUUCUCAUAUUUGAUAGGCGCAUUUACCAUCAGUACAGAGUACUGGACCACUUUCUACCCCAGGGAUCCCCACAGGGUGGCUGUGACGGCUCUGCAAGGAAAGCGUGUUCCGUUAUUUUUCAUGCUCUUCUCGACUUUGAACACAGGUGAUUCACAGAUUUUAAUUUAAUUUAGAAGUCUGGGAAAAACCAGUAGAGAAGUCUUAUCUGUCCUUCAGUAGUGAAUUAAAGAGUUAACACAGAAAGCAGAAGGGUCGUAUAUGACCUUAUUUCCAAUUGAAUUCACUCGAAAAGUGCAGCGCAGCUCCAUCUCGUUGAUUUAGGUGACCCCUGAGACAUGCAAUUGUUACUCGUGCACUCUAUUACUUAUUUUAUCAUUCUUACAGUUUUACACCGGAUGGUGCUGGAAUGAUAAUGGUGACAUCUCUUUUAACUUAUUAGGUUUACACAACAACCAAAUGAUGUGGAGGUUAGUCGAAAAGACAUGAUUCAUUUAUUACAGGUAAUGUAACAUUACUUUUCUCUGCUAAAUCAUACUCUGGCAAGCUUUAAUAUUCUAGGCGGGACCCAAUAUCUGUUUUAAUCUAUAUGCGUCCUGUGCUGCAGCCUAAUUCUCCACACGCUCAACUCUGCAAAGAAUGGGUUGGAUUUGAUUUCUGACCGGCGAAAUUAUUUUUUGCUGUAUAUUCUUGGGUAGGGAUCCCAGGUAGUCCAAGUUUAUUUUAUGAGUACAUCAUCGGUCAAACAAAUACUGUUAUUACGCAGCGGUAGAAAUGAAAUGGUUUAUGUGGUGAAAACGGUUGAAUUUAGAAGCAAAAAUACGAUCGGAAUCUUUGCUUACUGUAAAAAGAUCGCUGACUCUCCUUCAUUCGAUUGUUUCUUAUUCUCCGGUGUCAUUCUCAAGUUAAUUUAUAGUGAUUUAGUCGGUUGUGAGUUCUUCUUUAACUCCCAAGAUCUAAUUGUUAAUUCUCUCCACUAACUACCACAUAUUUCCUUGUAACUUAGUUAUAUGAAUUUGGUCUUAGAAACAAGAUAGCAACUUCUAACUGUUAAUUUUGAGUUUUCUCAUUGCCUGUUUGCUGCUGAGUAAUGUAUGGAUAUUUUAGGGAGAAGUUACAUGUUAAUCACUUCUGGGAGUUAAAGGCUCCAUAUGAGUGCUAUCUGGAAGAUUUCCCUCCUCGCACUGGAGAAUUUUCCUUACGUGAAAUAUUAAUUUCACUCGCCGUAUCGGACACCGGUCAUUUAAUGUAAAAAGCAAAGCGAGGAUGUAGAAAUAUAAGGAUUUACACGCUACGUGUGAUUAAGACAAAUUUAUCAUGUUCGUUCCCUGUAGGAACUCGUCCCAAUGCUCUCCCAGCACUCAAAUGACAACACUUCAGCUCCGUCGGGGAAGAAUUGGCGUGGAUCUUGGCUGCUCGAACAGUUCAACUCCAGACUGGAAAAGGUAAAUAUGUAUAAGGUUUCACAUCACAACCAAGACCUUGAAAGCUGCUCUUAAAACCUCCACACGGUGCAUGAAAACAUUUUUUAGCUCUUUUCACAGAGUUUUGAAAUCGAAGGAGAUAACAUUAGUUUUGCUUUUAUCAGCUGAGUUGAUAAUGUGAAUGGUCCACCAUAAAGAGAAUUGUUCUUUUGAAACUUACACCCUUUAUUUAAAUGUUAGUUUACUUGAAACUUUCGUUGUAGCCUCUGCUUUCACCCAAAUAUUCGUUCUUUUCAGUCCUUGUUAAUCUAAGUUUAUCUUUUCGUAUUUCGUUUGUUUUUCUUUUUAAUCUUUCUUGGCAAACUGUUUCUGCAAUAAAUUUUGAACACCUUUUUUCAUUCGACGACGACCUCUCUGAAAAAUUGCGUCUCUCUUAACCUGUUUAGAUGUUGUAUUGACGGCAUAGGGUUGAAAUCUUUGCUGGUUCUUUGUUUGGUGUGAUUUUCCAAGAUUACGAAAAGACCUUUGGGUUAACAAAGAGGGGUAAUAUGUGUUAUUUCUCUGACAGAUUCAAUCAAGUGCUAAGAACCAGAAUGGAGGAGCGCAAAAUAAUGAGCUUCUGAAUAGUUCUGUUGUGGUGUCAUGUGUGAAGUAAGAACCGCACAACUUUAUUGUACUAAGACAUUUACUGGGUCUGAGAAAUUUUUGAAAGGAAUGCCAAAUUUAAAAUAAUCUACGAUUGCUUUCGUUUUGCUUCAUCGCGCUUGGCCCAGAAAACGUGCGCUUCCUUUUAAACCAGUCAGGUCACAAAAAUAAAACCAAUAACGUUUAGGUCUCAAUUUCAGUUUCUUGGAGUGUCUUACCUUGUUUUGUUCGACCAUUGUUAUAACAUAUAUCCAAGUUUUGAGACAUCCAAUCCAAAUGCAGUCUAUGGCAUAACAUUAAAUGACCUCUUCUUCGUUUGUUUGAUUUCAGUCUUGCCAUGCAUCUUCCUCCGUUUCUUCUGUUCGCUGAUCAGAUGGAUUCCAGUCUUGACACUCAAUCAAUUACGCACGUGAUAAACUUCAUCAACGCGUAUCUAGUAAGUGUUAGCUUGCAGUGAUGGCAUACUACUGAUAAAUGAGCGGUCGUCUUUCCCUAGUUAAACGCCUGCUCUGUUAGAAAAUAGAUUCAAGUGAAACUUGCUUUAUAUUUGCUAUGGACUAACGGAUUUUCUCACUUUUUUCUUCCCCCACUUUCUUAGAGACCUUACAUAAGUGACAAUUGCUGUCUUCCCUUUGAUGUUACACUCUUCAUUUUCAAGGUACCUGUGUCAGCCUGUUUUCCUUUAUGAAUCGAUUUGUAGAUGAUGUAUGUAAGAGCUCGUAAAAGUGUUCUCCCCCAAAAAAAAAAAAGCAAAGAAACAACAGCAGCAAAGAAAAAAUUUAAAUUUCCUUGUAAUCGUAAAAACGCGAAGCAGUGUCGAGUGAUAUAUUAAUUUGCCUUUUUUUGUCCAAGGCUUGGCUUACUUUCACUAGAAGACCAUUCCACGAAUCACGGUAUGAUAAACACUGUUGAUUUUGUUUUAUUUUAUUCCGAAGUACAGUACUGUAGACAUCACUUACUAAGUACAAUCUUAAAGACUCGUUGACUUUUUGAUCAAGAGAGCGGGGAGUGAGGGUGGACUUCUAAUCGAAAGUUCCGUCGAUGCCGCAGGAAAGUUGUGUUGUGUUCUAUGGAGACACACUUUACUCUCUCUGCGCCCCUCUCCGCCCACGAGUAAAAUAGGUACCUGUCAACUUUAAGAGGAACCUGGAAAGAAAACUGGGCAGUAACCGGUUAUGGACUAGACUCUUAUGUAGAAGAGGUGAAAAAACUCUUAGUUUGCUAAUGCCAUCGAAAUCGGGAUAAGGCCCAACAGAGUGAAUUAUCAGUAUGUGUACAGCAUUUUCUUUGCCUUAACUUUUUUCUACAGAAACCCUCAGCUUCUGUCGAAGUUUAUGACGGCUUGUCCCUUGUUCUUUGCUUCUGCUCUGGUGAGUUUCUACAGAACACUGUUUGUAAAAUUCCAAGUUCGGCUUUGUCGAGAGAAGCAAAUUAAGAACAAAACAACCAGGAAAACUCAGUAUUUACCCGCAUUGCGUUCGACCGAUUACGGAAAGCUUAAUCUCCGUUGUCCCAACCUCACGUCAACUGAAUUUAACAUCCAUGAUAUAUCCAUUUUUUUCCCUCAUUAUCUUUUAAAGUUGCAGGUUUGCUUUGAUUUCUAAUUAUAGUAGAUUCUCCUUAGUGAGAAAAUAGAAUAAACUCGCUCAAUCGAUCAAAUUGGCCUGACUUGUUCAUUAGUGCGAAAAAUUGCAUCGUCUCGUGAUAAAGUCGUUGCGAUUGUAUUCUCUGCUUUUAAAUCGGCUCGGCUAAAUCUGUAUUUUUUUUUCUUGUAAGUAUUACUGGAAACAGCUCAGACCUUUGGCCAUAACCCAAGUUGAUGUUACUACAUAUGGGUCACUAAACCAGGCUGAGUUACUCUUAAACUGGAAAAACAGGUUUGUUCAUAGUAUCUAGGGUUUAUUUGAGUGCACCCUUACUAACAAUGUAAAAGUAUUACGAUGUUUAAAUUCAGUGCCCUUAGGGAAUGUGUUAGAUACUGAACUCAAGCAUAAGCAAAAUUACUUUGCCAGGCGAAUAAAACAUAUAAUUCUCAGGCUGAUGAAAAAAGAGAGAUGUUAACCAUUUAUAACGAGUGUGGGGCUGAGAAAAACAGGUUUGACGCCACACUGCCCUCCUUCCCUCAGGGAAUUUGAACUUCAGACUAUUUGAUUCCUCGGGUGAUGCUGUAUCAAUCACCUUCAAAGAACUUGUUGGCCAUAUUCUAAGCUCAUAUGUGACACGCGAUCUGUAUGCUGUUACAUCAAUCGUCGAUUACUGCAUAAGCACUGAAAUGUUUUCAAUCAAGACCAGUCCAUCAAAACAGAGAUUCCCGUGUUACAAAGUUGGUUUUUGUGCUUAUGUUCAGUUUCCAUUAUUCUUGCGCAGAGUUGAAACCUCCCAACCUGUUUCCUUGGAAGAUCUGGAUCAUGUGGACGUGAAUUUGGUGGCAUCGUUUAUCGCUGUUAAUCUUUAUACUCUGAACAGGUUGCUCAAUCUUGUCUAACGUUUGAACCAAUAUGCUCGGCAGCUUGUAAACGGCUUUUUCAGACUGUUUCUGUAUCUUUUGUUUUAGUCAAGUGAUGAAGAUAUUCCUUCAAGAAAGUAAACGUCCUACAGAGUUUAUGCGGAAGGUGAGCGCUUUAAAUGGUUAAUUUCACAAUUUCAAGAACAUUCUAACGAUAUGCUUUAAAUUCAUCCAAACAAUGUUCUUAUUGACAUUUUUCAAAGUGACACACAUUUACCGAAUAACGUUUAUUUUACUUUCACGAAAUUUUGUAGGUCGCUGUGUGUUUAUUUGACUGCAUCAUGACAGAAUUUUCACGGAUGAUUCUUCAUGGCGAUGAGGUUCGUAGUUAACUGAUAGAUUCUUUUUUUCUUUUUGUCAUAACACCCCGUUUUUUUUUCUAGAAUUUUAAAUAGGAAAUUUAUGCAUCAUAUUUAGAUCUUAGACAUUAAGGUCUGUGUUCGGAGACUAUCCCUGAUGACAUUGAUACAGUUUCCUACAAAGGUUAUUUAAAGGAUCAACGUCUUAAAACUUUCGAUAUAGUUGGAAGACGCCUGAGAUUAAAAGAAAGUGUUCCAGAGCAAAUAUUGAUGCGAUGGUUAAUGAAUCGCAUUUCUUAGAGCCAAUCAGAUAAUUAAGAUCAUCAUUGAUUUCAAAAUGGACGUAAUAAAGUACGACAGCGACUCAGAAGAAAUAAACACGCUUACUGGGAAUAUCUGGUAUAGAAAACAUGCAUAGCGUGGUGGGGCAGUCAGUUGAAGUUAUUUUCUUACAUGUAUUGUAAAUGUAAAUUUAAUGAUAUGCAUGUUAUUUUUAUGGCCUAAUUUUAACAGAUUUGUAAGAACGAAGCUCUGAGGGACUCUGCUUGGGUAAGUUUCCAUCAUGUAGAAGUGUUAAAAAAACCAAAUUACGCUCAGUUAUAGUAAAUAGCAAUUUGUCAGCUGGAUCAUGGCUUAUGUGCCCCUCGUACAACUAAGGCUAGAAUCAAGGACUACCGGAAAAAAUCCUGAAAGCUUGGGGCUCAAUUUUUUGUGGGAAACUCAGAAUUCUCUCUUUCAUCUUUCCUUAAUGUCUAAAUUCUAUGCACAAUUUCUUCUAGUUUUUAAAACAGCGAAUUUUAUUUUAUUGUAGAAACUAUUCACUUCUUUCCCAAAGACGCUAUUCGUGUUCAGAAUCGGUAAGUCGGAAUUACCAAUUUAGAGACAAAAGUGAGGUUAAUGAGCUUAAAUACUUAAUAAUUAAAUACCGAACCGACCGCUCUAAGAAUUCAGAAUUUUUGCUGGAUUUUAACCUGUGACUUCACCAUUCGGUGCGAUGUUAUAACCCUUUCACUCCUAAGAUCAAAUUCUCCACACUAUUUGCUAUAGUUGUCCUGUAAUUUUGAUCUGAGAAUUUGGUGAUAAAUCAAACAACAUCCUUUAGUUAACAUUUUUCUUACCUCUUCUUACCUUCUUGCUAGAUAUGUGUUGAUUAUGUCAGGAGAAAUGCAGGUUUCGUUCACUUUUAGGGAUGAAAGGAUUAGAAACUAAACUGAAGUUAUUAGCAACGGAAGAAGGGCAUUACAGACUCGUAUGUUGCUGUGUGAAGGAGAUAAAAAGAAAUUAUGACUGCGAAAGGGUUUAUGUACACUGUAGAAAUUGAAUGGAAUGAUCAAAAAUUGAUCCCAGCAGUGCGUUUAAAGAUUUCUCUUCGCAGUUGCCUAAAUUGCGAAUCAUCACUUCGAGAAAGGUUCAUGAUUAACCCCAGUUGUGAACAAUUAGGGAUUAUUAUCCAAAAUACGCUUUCUUACAUAACGGUAUCCUUUUUGUUUCUUUUAUCGUAGAUGAAAGUGGCGAAUUCAGAGAAGUACUCCUUUCUCUAAGGUAUGCAACCCAUUGUCUUAAAGAGAUCGUGAACCUUUUUUAUGAAUUGGCUUACCAUUUAUAUCUCUUAAUGUUUGUACAGAUCGCUGGUUCUCAACGAGCAGCUGAUUAGGCUUUACCCUGCUGUAUUUUUCAGGUCUGUGCUAUGUUGUUUAACGUAAUAACAGACUUUAUAUGAACUGGAAUUAUAGAAAGAGUGAGAAGAGUCCAAAUCGGUGUGGAAUCAUAUAAUAUCGAAAUGAAAAUUGUCAAUCGCGACAGUGCAUGAUUGCCGGCAUGAUCGGGCAAAAUGAAUGAAAUUGUUAAGUCCGUAGACUGUGGUUGCUUGUGGGGUGACAAAGUCCUUCUCCUUCUCCUUCUCAAUACAUUGGUAAUCUUUUUAAUUGCAUAGUUUUUGGAGACCUCUUAUGCUUCAUUUUGUGGCUUUAUUUUACAGUUUUUUUGCAAACUUUCCCAAUGAGGCAUUACAGGAGGUAUUGUGCACGUAUUGUUCUGUUGUAUACUUCUAUCGUUUCAAUGUUAUCUAAUGAGUGUGCGCCGCAGCAUUCCCAAACUCCUUUUUACACGUCUAACAGUGGAAAUUCCUCAAGCCUGCCAUUUUCGUUUUUUCACUGAAGAGAAGCCUGGACGAAAUUGGCUUUUUCCCCCGCUAAUCAGUGAAGCUCUGUUGCUCACUUUACUUUCAUUACUGAUUCUUUUACCUGGUUACCGUAAAUUACUUAAUGUAAGUUAUGCAUGCUAUUCCUGUGAAUUAAGUUCCUCUAUCGAACAACAUCACCCAGCGGAAAAUUUCCUUAUUUACGAUUUGAUUGCUUGACAAUGCGUUGUAAUUUUGAGGUAAAUCUGUAUACUUUGUACUUAUUACUCCUGGGAGUGAAAUGGAAUGGGUUAACCAGAGUUGUAGGAAUUGUUGUCAACGUUCUUAUCAAGGGAAACUAGUCACCCUUGGAUCAUUCUGAUCCACUUACCUGCAUGGUAAAAAUAAAAACAAAAAUUUGAAAAUGAUAUUCUUCAAGGAUGCAUAGUAUUUCUAAACAACUUUAUUAUCAUAUGUGUGCAGGCAACAAAGAUCAGCGGUUUUUUGACAGUCACGCUGUGUAUGUACAACUCGUUUGUCUUUCUUCGGAAAGAGUGUCUGAACGGCGUGGUAAAUAUGGCUGCUGACUUUUCGGUGAGUGAGGCCACUUUUCUGGACUCAGUCACUGAUAUGAAGGAAAUUACGACGUAGAGGUCAUCUGAAUAUUCCAUCGGGUAUUUAUUAUUGGUUCCUGCUUUUAGUUCGAAAUACACUUAGAGUUGACUUGCUGUCGGUGCCACAGAUUUUUUAAGAAAAAUGUGUAGCUACCUGUAAGACUUAGGGGAGACCGCCGAUAUUUCUCUCAUCAUUCGUUCAUUUAACAAAGAUAUUGGAAUAAAUAAUGUAAAAAAAGGAAAAACCUGUUGAUGAGAGUCGUGCCGUUUCUCGGGUAAAUACGGUACUCUAGGCUUGCUGUUAUAAAUUUCAUUUGCGAAAAGACGUUUUAGUUAACGUUGAUAUCUUUCAUUUGUCUGUUUGUCCAGCCUCUUCACUUGGAUUUCUGCCGCCAAGUUACUAACUUUGUCCGUGACUGUGUACUAUCUUCACCAGUGGAUCAGUUGAGAAGCUUAUCAAAGGUUAAGUUGUUAAUAAAUAAAGAUGAGUAAAGAAUUUGUACGUUAAAAGAAGUAAGGAAUGUAUGACUGAUUGCCGUGUCUCUCUUCGGAUCCAAAACACAUGCAUAUGAUAUCAUAAUUUGGUAGACUUAGCGGGGGAGGAUGGGCUUUUGCCUUCGGGUUUGGUUUUGAGCGCGUGCCUCCAGGUGAGAAUUUUUUAGGUUUAUCAUCAACUUUUUCCUGGAUGUGAGGAGGUUAGUUAUAAUGGCAAACAUUUAAAGAGUAUCCUUCCUAUUAUUGCUGUUGUUUCUGAUAUUCUUGGAGUUUUGUAUGUUUUGGGCUGCUUGAUGUAAAUUAAGGCUAAUUUUUCUCGUCGUUUGCUUCUGUAGGACGUCAUUUCUUCGUGUACCGCAGAGUUACGACAAUUUUUGAAAAGUCAGCUGGUGAAACGACAGGGAAGAUAG